GUCGGACAUUGUUUUGAGACGGACCGACUAAAUGGCCGCGUCUAUCCGAAAAAGUGAAGUUGUAACCUGAAUUAGACAAUUAAAGACAUAUUUUCGUGGCAAAUAGUUGUGAAAAUCAUGGGUGUCGUGAGACAUAUCGUGUGCGCGAUGUCUGGAGGAGUUGACAGCUCUGUAACGGCUUUGUUACUCCGAAGAAGAGGUGAGACAUUCCUUCACUGGAGAACUCAACAUUAGCCAGCUAGCUAAAAACUCCUUGAGACGAUACAAGUAAACCUAAGGUUUUUUUAAUGAGUAAACGGAAUAUCUGUCUUAUUAUUUUAUAUAUAAUGUUGCUUGUUUAAUGUAAAUAUAACGUCUUCCCAUUGAUUUGUUUUAUUGACAGGGUACCACGUUACUGGAGUGUUCAUGAAGAACUGGGAUUCCCUGGAUGAGAAGGGGGUGUGUUCCUCCGAAAGGGACUGUGAAGAUGCCUACAAAGUGUGCCAGGAUCUGGACAUACCCUUCCAUCAAGUAUCCUACGUCAAAGAGUACUGGCACGAAGUGUUCACGUAGGUAACCUCUUUAAUUAGAUGAUUGUUAAAUCUGUAUAAUUUGAAUAGUUGUAGCCCGGCCAAGCAGACAGCUGCUCUCACCCAAAUUGAAAUAUGUGAGUUAUCGCGAGAUUAGGCUGGUGUCACAAGGCUAGUUUUGUGGUGUGUUCAUUGUCUUGCAAAAGAAACCGUUUACCAUUUAAGAACCAAACAGAGCAAAUGCAACGAAAUUUGGAGGGACCUACCUGAAUUUGUCCAAUAGAAACGCUCGUUUUUGUUGCAAAACGUUUUCCGUUUGCAACAGAAUCUGCUAAAUGAAUAUACCCAAGAUUGUUCUCUCUCAAUGUCUGACCACUGUCUUCUUUCUUCAGCAAUCUUUUGAAGGAAUAUGAGAUGGGCAGGACACCAAAUCCAGACAUUCUGUGCAACAAACACAUAAAAUUCAACCACUUCUACAGUUAUGCCAUCAACAGCUUGGGUAUGUAGCCUAAUAAUAAUGUUCAGUAUUAUUAGUAUGCUUAGUAUUAUAUUAUAAGAACUUCAAGUACCAUUAAAGAAACUGAGCUUGUACAAAAAAAAGCAAAUAUUGGGUUGUUGCUGAUUUCCCCCUAGGUGCUGAUGCCAUGGCGACAGGCCACUAUGCCAGGACAUCUCAGGAGGAUGAGGAUGUCUUCCAACAGAGACACGUGGCUCCUCCCCCUCAACAUGUCUUCAGAGACCGCUUUGAGAUCAGGAACCGUAAGAACAACUCCUCUCAACCUCUAUCUGUGCUUUUCUCAUACAUUUACAUUUUAGUCAUUUAGCAGACGCUCUUAUCCAGAGCGACUUACAGGAGCAAUUAGGGUUAAGUGCCUUGCUCAAGGGCACAUCGACAGAUUUUUCACCUAGUCGGCUCGGGGAUUAGAACCAGCGACCUUUCGGUUACUGGCACUAUGCUCUUAACCACUAAGCUACCUGCCACAUACCAAUGUGUUGUUAUUAUUAUCAUGUCAAUCUUACCUCUUUAUAAUAAUACGUAGACUUUGGGCGCUUUCACAUAUCCCCUUAUGAUCCUGGAGCGUUUGGUACCAUGAUCUGCUCUAUAAACCAUAUGUGAAACGCAAAAGAACCCUGGCUGAAACUAAUCCUGGACCUGCGUGAGUAGCGGGUCCGAAAUCCAGGAUCAGAGUACCAAGUAUUGUGACGCGGCAGCGUGAGUCGUGUGGAACUUUUUUGACUGUUGUAAAGAAGUUAGCUCACUAACGUCAUGUAGAAUGUGCGCCUUGCUAAUCGCGCCCUGAAACGGUUAUGUUCAGGUCUUGUGAAAUCAAAACAUAUUCUGUAGAAUUCUCAAAAACGGUCCAGGGUACCGAAGUAGGGUACCGAAUUUCAUAUGUGAAAUGCUUUUAUUUGUAAGUCUGUAGACAUUUGAUAUGUGUAGAGAAAUUCAGGGAACUUGAAUGAGUACAACCAUUGGUUAUAUUUGAUAUAGGGACCUAUAUUAUAGGACUGUCAUUGGAUUGGUGUCUCAGAUAUUUAACCCUUUGUUAUCUCCGUUGAAGCGGUGAGGUUGUACCAGGGAGCGGACCGCUUUAAGGACCAGACAUUCUUCCUCAGCCAGAUGUCGCAGGAUGCUUUGCGGCAUACACUCUUUCCACUGUCGGGACUCACCAAAGACUACGUGAAGAAGAUUGCAGCCGAGGCCGGCUUCCAACACGUCCUGAAGAAGAAAGAGGUAACUAACCAAACAGACAGACAGAUACACUGCCCUCUGUAUGUACUGUAUUUGGACAGUGAAGCAAAACAUUACAAUUUGUCUCUGUACUCCAGCAUUUUGGAUUUGAGAUCAAAUGUUUCAUAUGAGGCGACAAGUACAAAAUGUCAACUUUAAUAUGAGGGUAUUUUCAUACAUAUCGGUUUUACCGUUUAGAAAUUAAAGCACUUUAUGUAUCUAGUCCCCCCAAGUCAUAGAUAUUUGGACAAAUUCACUUAGUGUAUUAAAGUAGUUAAAAGUUUUGUAUUUCGUCCCGUUUUUCCUUGUGCGCAAUGACUACAUCAAGCUUGUGACUACAAACUUGUUGGAUGCAUUUGCAUUUUUUUUUGGUUGUGUUUCAGAUUAUGUUUUGCCCAAUAGUAACUGAAUGGUGAAUAUUGUAUUGUCAUUUUGAAGUUAAUUUGAUUGUAAAUAAGAAUGUUUCUGAACAAGGCAAGGCACUUAACCCUAAUUGCUCCUGUAAGUCGCUCUGGAUAAGAGCGUCUGCUAAAUGACUUAAAUGUUAUUGCGGGUGUAGUGAAAUGCUUGUAUUCCUAGCUCCAACAGUGAUCAACCAGGCAGCAAGCCAGCAGUGGCCUUUAUUCCACAUGGCACAAAUAAUCCAACUCAUGGUAGAAUACACACAAUGUGAAGGAGAUCGUGAUGCAUUUAGGAGGAGUUUGUACACUUCCUUGAGGCUGCACAAGUGCUCCAAGGGAGAUGUGGCAUUUUAUAUAAAUGUGAGGAUGGUUCUUCUAGCCCACGAACUUAGACUUGAUUAUGCAGCUUUUAAGAGAAUAAGCAAAGUUCUAGGGAUUCCUUCCUUGCGUCUCAGCUCAUAUUAGAGACAUGACAGGAGAGUGAAGGUAAAUAAAAAGGCAGAGUAGCCCAUUAUUGUCAGGUAACUUGCUGUCUAUAAAUAAUGAUAUUUAUUUGCUCCAGUAACUAGAAAGUGUUAUUCAAAGAGUGGGAAAAAUAUAACUAGGCUAUACAAUGAGACUGUCACAUACACUACCGUUCAAAAGUUUGGGGUCACUUAGAAAUGUCCUUGUUUUUUAAAGAAAAGCAAAAAAAUGUGUCCAUUAAAAUAACAUCAAAUUGAUCAGAAAUACAGUGUAGACAUUGUUAAUGUUGUAAAUGUAAAUGCUGAUUUUUUUUAUGGAAUAUCUACAUAGGCGUACAGAGGCCCAUUAUCAGCAACCAUCAGUCCUGUGUUCCAAUGGCACGUUGUGUUUGCAAAUCCAAGUUUAUAAUUUUAAAAGGCUAAUUGAUCAUUAGAAAACCCUUUUGCAAUUAUGUUAGCACAGCUGAACACUGUUGUGCUGAUUUAAAGAAGCAAUAAAACUGGCCUUCUUGAGACUAGUUGAGUAUCUGGAGCAUCAGCACUUGUGGGUUCGAUUACAGGCUCAAAAUGGUCAGAAACAAAUAACUUUCUUCUGAAACCCGUCAGUCUAUUCUUGUUCUGAGAAAUGAAGGCUAUUCCAUGCGAGAAAUUGCCAAGAAAUUGCCAAGAAACACGUAUGUGUACUACUCCCUUCACAAAACAGCGCAAACUGGCUCUAACCAGAAUAGAAAGAGGAGUGGGAGGCCCCGGUGCACAACUGAGCAAGAGGACAAAUACAUUCGAGUGUCUAGUUUGAGAAACAGGCGCCUCACAGGUCCUCAACUGGCAGCUUCCUUAAAUAGUACCCGCAAAACACCAGUCUCAACAUCAACAGUGAAGAGGUGACUCCGGGAUGCUGACCUUCUAGGCAGAGUUGCAAAGAAAAAGCCAUAUCUCAGACUGACCAAUAAAAAGAAAAUAUUAAGAUGGGCAAAAGAACACAGACACUGGACAGAGGAAGAUUGGAAAAAAGUGUUAUGGACAGACAAAUCAAAGUUUGAGGUGUUUGGAUCACAAAGAAGAACAUUUGUGAGACGCAGACCAAAUAAAAAGAUGCUGGAGGAGUGCGUGAUGCCAUCUGUCAAGCAUGGUGGAGGCAAUGUGAUGGUCUGGGGGUGCUUUGGUGGUGGAACUUUUGAACCGUAGUGUAUUCGGAAAGUAUUAUUACCACUUCACUUUUUUUCUCAUUUUGUUACGUUACAGCCAUAUUCUAAAAUUGAUUAAAUUAAAAAAAUGUCCUCAUCAAUCUACACACAAGGUUUUUAGAAAUGUUUGCAAAUGUGUAUAUAUAUAAAAAAUAAAAAACCGUAAAUCACUUUUACAUAAGUAUUCAGACCCUUUACUCAGUACUUUGUUGAAGCACCUGUGACAGCGAUUACAGCCUCAUGUCUUCUUGUGUAUGACGUUACAAGCUUGGCACACCUGUAUUUGGGGAGUUUCUCCCAUUCUACUCUGCAGAUCUCCUCAAGCUCUGUCAGGUUGGAUGGGGAGUGUCGCUGAAGAGCUAUUUUCAGGUCUCUCCAGAGAUGUUAGAUCGGGUUCAAGUCUGGGUUCUGGCUGGGCCACUCAAGGACAUUCAGGGACUUGUCCCGAAGCCACUCCUGCAUUGUCUUGACUGUGUGCUUAGGGUCAUUGUCCUGUUGGAAGGUGAACCUUCUCCCCAGUCUGAGGACCUGAGCGCUCUGGAGCAGGUUUUCAUCAAGGAUCUUUCAGUACUUUGCUCUGUUCAUCUUUCCAUCUAUCCUGACUAGUCUCCUAGUCCCUGCUGCUGAAAAACAUCCCCACAGCAUGAUGCUGCCACCACCAUGCUCACCGUAGGGAUGGUAUUGGCCAGGUGAUGAGCGCUGCCUGGUUUCCUCCAGACGUGACGCUUGGCAUUCAGGCCAAAGAGUUCAAUCUUGGUUUCAUCAGACCAGAGAAUCUUGUUUCUCAUGGUCUGAGAGUACUUUAGGUGCCUUUUGGCAAACUCCAAGCGGGCUGUCUUGUGCCUUUUACUGUGGAGUGGUUUCCGUCUGGCCACUCUAACAUAAAGGCCUGAUUGGUGGAGUGCUGCAGAGAUGGUUGUCCUUCUGGAAGAUUCUACCAUCUCCACAGAGGAACUCUGGAGCUCUGUCAGAGUGACCAUCGGGUUCUUUGGUCACCUCCCUGACCAAGGCCCUUCUCCCCCGAUUGCUCAGUUUGGCCGGGCGGCCAGCUCUAGGAAGAGUCUUGGUGGUUCCAAACUUCUUCAAUUUAAGAUUGAUGGAGGCCACUGUGUUCUUAGGGACCUUCAAUGCUGCAGAAUUGUUUUGGUACCCUUCAUUCUACACAAUCCUGUCUCGGAGCUCUACGGACAAUUCCUUCGACAUCAUGCCUUGGUUUAAAUUAAUGUUUUUCCUCAUCAAUCUACACAUAAUACCCUAUAAUGACAAAGCGAAAACAGGUUUUUAGACAUUUUUGCAAAUGUAAUAAAAAUAGUGGUGUGUGCCUUUCCACAUUUCUUAUUUUAUUUUAUUUAUUUAACCUUUAUUUAACUAGGCAAGUCAGUUAAGAACAAAUUCUUAUGUACAAUGACGACCUACACUGGCCAAACCCGGACGACGCUGGGCCAACUGUGCGCCGCCCUAUGGGACUCCCAAUCACGGCCGGUUGUGAUACAGCCUGGAAUCGAACCAGGGGGUCUGUAGUGACGCCUCAAGCACUGAGAUGCAAUGCCUUAGAACGCUGCGCCACUCAGGAGCCCAUAAAUCAUGUCCAAUCAAUUGAAUUUACCACAGGUGGACUCCAAUCAAGUUGUAAAAACAUCUCAAGGAUGAUCAAUGGAAACAGGAUGCCCCUGAGCUCAAUUUCGAGUCUCAUAGCAAAGGGUCUGUAUACUUAUGUAAAUAAGGUAUUUCUGUUUUUAUUUUUAAUACAUUUGCGAAAAUGUCUAAUAACCUGUUCGCUUUGUCAUUAUGGGGUAUUAUGUGUAGAUUGAUGAGGAAAAACAUUAAUUAAAUCUUAGAAUAAGGCUGUAACGUAACAAAAUGUGGAAAAAGUGAAGGGGUCUGAAUACUUUCCGAAUGCACUGUACAUACAGAGUAGGCUACUGCAAAUUAACUUUACAUACAGUAAAACAUGGUGUAAAUACAUAAGGGAUAAUCAACGAGGGGCUAUGCGUUAUAUGGAAAAUAAUGAGUGACAUGGAAGGUGUGUUCCACGAUGCGCUAGCAGAGUGGAACUGACCUUCCACGAAGUUGCGUUAUUUUCCAGAGAACGCCUAGAGUUGUUUAUCCCUUUCAUACCAUGGCUAUAAUUUAACACAUUUGCUGCUAGAAAUGUGUUCAUUUGCUGGUAGAAAUGUGUUCAACAUCCACUGAAGUAGCUAGCAAGUUUACUUGAUAACUACAGUUGUUGCCAUGGUAACCAACCAAACAGACUUGCUAGUUUAGCUAACAGUCCUAGCUUGCCAUUAUGGAAAUCUAGUUCAACAGUGCCAAUAAUGUUUUUAUUUUGAUUAUUGCUUUUAAAAGCAGCUCAAACAUAGAACAUGUAAGAAUUAACUAUAGCCAUUGAAUUCUACCUUGCGUAAUAGGGAAAUAAUGCACGCUCUAGAAUGCCCUUCAAGCCAAUCAGAGACAAGUAUUCAACAAUGCCAUGGUAUAUAAUUAAGCAAUAAGGCCCGACGGGGUGUGAUAUAUGGCCAAUGUACCACGUCUAAGGGCUAUUCUUACCACUUAGCUGUGGUAUAUUGGUCAUAUAUCACAAACCCCUGAGGUGCCUUAUUGCUAUUAUAAACUGGUUACUAAUGUAAUUAGAGCAGUAAAAAUAACUGUUUUGUCAUACCCGUGGUAUACGGUCUGAUUUACCACAGCUGUCAGCCAAUCAGCAUUCAGGGCUCAAACCACCCAGUUUAUAACAGCAUUUAUACCAUGGCAUUGUUGAAUACUUGUUUCUGAUUGGCUUGAAGGGCAUUCUAGAGCGUGCAUUGUUGAAUUUGAUUUUCGUAAUGGCAAGUUAGGACGGAUGGUUUGGUUAGCUAAACUAGCAAGUCUGUUUGUUUGGUUACCACAGCAACUACUGUAGCUACAGUAUCUAGUAAACUUGCUAGCUACUUCAGUGGAUGUUGAACCCAUUUCUACCGGCAAAUAAACACAUUUUCUUGCGGCAAAUGUGUUAAAUUAUAGCUAUGGUAUAAAAGGGAAAAUCAACUUGUCGUUGAUUACAUAUUUACUCCUGCAGUUAUGACUGUUACGACAUACCAUAAUAAACACCAUUUUUCCCACAGUUGCGGAGAUUCAGAGAGGGCUACAGUCAUUGGAGCGUGCUACAGAGCAGAUUAGGAGUGCAUAUGCAGAUAUAGACCCAGACGUAGCAGGGUUGCUGAGGGAGGAUGCCGUCAUAGACAUUCAUGUGUCCUUUGAUUGCAAGUGGCACAUGAGAGGAUUCAAUUCCAACUACGGGAUAGGGGUGUGCAUAGACAUUGCAACAGGUUUAGUGAUAGACUAUGAAGUAUUGUCUUCAUACUGCCAUGCAUGUGUGAUGAAAAGGAAAAGUGGGGUUACUGAAGAGGAGUUCAUGAAAUGGAAGGAGUCACGCAGAUGACUGUGCCCAAAACUUCUCAGGCUCUAGCAAAGCAAUGUAGCAGGAUGCAGCAAAACGUAUGUGGGCCAGAUCAGUCAGUCGCCACAGCUUUCAUUACACAGAGAUGCUUUCAGAUGGUUGACAGUACUGCAUACAAGGCAGUACUGCAUAGAAGGAAGUUGUCACAUUAUAUCCCUAACCAGGCAUUGAGAUAGGAAAACUGGAAUGCAUCAAUCAUGCCCACGAGGAUGGAAACAGCCCUACGUAAACUUAGGGCUUUGCGUAGGGGGAGAGGUGUAGCGAAACUCACUGCACUGAAAUGUAAGAUUCUGCUAAACUGCUAUUACAGGGGUGCAAUUCUUGAUAACCAGGGUGAUGUAGAGGGCAUGAAGACUGCUAUCUGGGCUGGUUUCUCCAUUCCAUGUCAAUAGACGAAACCCACGGUAGAUACUCGUCAUCUUGGUGUUGGCACCAGCUAGCCCAAGAAAAUGGUGAGGAUCCACCCAGUCACAAAAACUAUGCAUACAUUUUUGAAUCGAGAGGUUGCACAGAAAAUGGUGCCUGUAUAACAUAGGAUGUCAAAUGACAACCUCAAAAUAUUGAAGCACGGAGGAACCCAGAAUGCAAAUGAAUGUCUAAACUCUGUAAGAUGGUGUCCUAUAAAAAUCAUUUGUGGGCAAAAGCCGCAUUAAUGCAGGCGAGGCAGCCAGUAUGGCAGUAGCUACAUUCGACGAGGGUGCUACUGCUGUAACAAAUGUGAUAGACAGAUUGUGGCUUGACAGCAUUUUUGAUGACACUGGAUGCAAUCAGAGAGGAGGGUGAGAGCUGAUGCUGUUUCAACAGAAUGUGCCAAGUGCAGUCGCAGUUCCCAGGACAGAGUCAAAAAAGUUAACAGGCUCCAGCAACAACUCAAAUAGUGAUUUACAUAUUGGGCUGGUAUAGCUAAUUCAUCCAUGAACCUGUGCAAAUGUCUCUAGCCUUUUACGUGAAAAUGUUUUUACAAGGUGCUGUGCGCAUUUGCCGAACAGACCAGUAUUUAAAAUGGUAUGCUCUAUUGCUUAAAACUAUUCUAUUAGAUGUGCGAGUGUAUUUGUAAAAAGUGUAUUCGAUGUGUUAAUAGUCAAUUCAGAAAUAACAAAUUAAUAAGAGAUGAGUUCAUGUGACAUAAACAGUCAUAUUUAUGGAAAAUACAUGUUAAUUGCAUUAACCUAUCUUUUAUCGGGCAUUUUCAAAAUGACCUGUUUCCCAUGCGCCAAGUCAUUUUUCUCAGCCUUCAAAGGAGGUACAUUUACAUUAUUUCACACACUGGUUCUUAUGACUUAUAGCCAGACUUGUCCAGAGGCAUUUUUUGAUAUCUCGUGGCAUUUUUUCUCUCCAAAAAGUUGCCUCGGUUACACCGACAGCGUCAUUACAUUUUGGUACACCAGAAGUAAAUUCAUUUCCAAUGGAACGCUGCGUUUGCCUUGCAGAAUUGCGUUGCAGAGGCAGUUGCAGUGCGUUCUGUGUGGUGCAUACGUAUGCGAAGACGGCUUGACAGAAAUGGUAGCAGAAGGUAAAUGUAGAACUUUUAUUGGACACAUAUCCAGAUGAGCUGCGUAACAUUUUGCGCAAUGACACUGUCUGUGUGAUCAAGGCGUAUGCAUCCGUCAUACGUGUGAAUAGUGGUUUUUAAAUAAAUCCAUGAAACAACAAUAUUUUGAUAAACUGUUCUGGGUAUGUUGGACCAUUGGAUGUGUUAUCAACAACAACAACAAUAUAUCAAAGUCAUUCUGACUUGAAUCAAUGUGUUGAAAAAUUGAUUAUUGUGAAGUGCAAAUGUAUUGAGUUGCCUCAUUUUCAUAUUUUAAAUCAAAAUGUUGUUUUACUUUUAAUACAAAAAUAUGUUCGGUGUAUAUAUAUACUUUCAACUGGUAAAGUUUUAUUCUGAUAUGAGUAAAGUGGAAGAAUAGCCUAUUAGGGUGUGGUGCCUGGUCUUAAUGUGCAUGAUUACGGAUAAUCAUUAAUGAAUAAUGAUGAUCAUACCCCCAAAAUCAUGAAUAAAGUUAAUACCGCCCCAAAAAUGCAAACCUCCCCUGUUGUUGAUACACUAUAAGUGAAUUUGUCCAAAUACUUUUGACUUCUUCACAUGGGGGUGAGGACUAGUGCUUUCAUUUCUCAACGGUAAAACAGAUAUGUAUGAAAAUACCCUCAAAUAAAAGGUGACGUUCUGUCCUUUCACCUCAUAUGAAACAUUUAAUCUCAAAUCCAAAAUGCUGGAGUACAGAGCCAAAUUUAAAAUGUUCGCUUCGCUGUCCAAAUGCAUAAGGACGGGAGUGUAGAUAAAGUAUCUUUCAUCUCUCCUCUCUGAGCUGCCUACAGAUUAACAUAUUUUCAUUGCAUUGUGUUGUUGUUUGGCCUACACCGUAAUUACACUGUAUUGACAUAGAUUGCUAUAUUUUACAAAGUCAGUUGUAUUUUUUCGGGGACAGUGUGGCAACACUGAAUAUCUUUAUCUGUUUCCAGAGUAUGGGCAUCUGCUUUAUUGGAGAGAGGAACUUUGAGGAUUUCAUUCUAGAGGUAUGGAAUUCAAAUACAUAUACAACAUGUACUGUAUCAAGUUAAUUAUUGAGGUACACUGGCCAUAGUAAUGAAUAAACAUGUUUGUGUGUAGUAACAAUAUCUGCAAUGCUGUUUUUCUGUCAGUAUUUAGAGCCGAAACCGGGGAACUUUGUCUCCAUUGAGGAUGGGAAGAUCAUGGGUGAACAUAAAGGUGAUAUCCUCAGUGGUAUCUUCUAUAUUACUGCUUAUCCCACUAUCCUUAUAAGACUACUGCUCUUCCAAUGGUAAACCUUUACAUUAACGACUGGUUCUCUGCCUGUUCUUCCUCCUCUUCCUCUCAGGUUGGUUCACCCUGACACUAGGCCAAAGGGCUAGGAUUGGUGGGCAGAGGGACGCAUGGUUUGUUGUGGACAAAGACAUCACUACUGGAGAAGUGUUUGUGGUAAGGAAUGGUUUUCUACCUCUUCAAUACUGUUAUAGCUAAUUUAGUCCUAAACAACUGGCCUAACUACAGUACAGGCUAUGAGGCAGAUCUCCCACCUCCUUGCUGUUAUUUGCUGUUGAUUCUCAAUGGGAUUCUGAUUCUAAACUCCCUAACAUCAGGGUCCGACAACCAAUCACCCGGCUCUAUUCAGAGACACGGUACGAACAGAUCGUUUCCAUUGGAUAACGGAGGACCCUCCCACUGAGCUGAUCCAGACUAAGAUGAUGGAGUGUCACUUCCGCUUCAUCCACCAGAUGCCUCUCAGUGAGUCACAUGACACCUGGCGCAGCGGUGGCGCAGCGGUCUAAGGCACUGCAUUGCGGUGCUUGAGGCGUCACUACAGACCUGGGUUCGAUCCCAGGCUGUGUCACAACCGGCUGUGACCGGGAGUCCCAUAGGGCGGCGCACAAUUGGCCUAGCAUCGUCUGGGUGAGGGGAGGGUUUGGCCGGGUGGGCUGUACUUGUCUCAUCGCGCUCUAGCGACUCCUUGUGGCGGCCGGGUGCCUGCAGGCUGACUUCGGUCGUCAGUUGAACAGUGUUUCCUCCGACAUAUUGGUGCGGCUGACUUCUGGGUUAAGCGGGCGGGUGUUAUGAAGCGCGGUUUGGCGGGUCAUGUUUCGGAGGACAAAUGACUCAACCUUCGCCUCUCCCGAGCCCGUUGGGGAGUUGCAGCGAUGAGACAAGAUCGUAAUUGGAUAUGACUAAAUUGGGGAGAAAAAGGGUGGUAAAAAAAUUAAAAUAACCCAAUUAAAAUCUAAUAAACAAUACCUUUACCUCCCAUACGGCUUAAAAAACAGCUUUAUUGGGUAAAAAAUUUACACUUCAAAAGUGUUGGUAACAUGUUAAUAACACAGUGAGGUUGUGUCCCGUGCAGCUCAGUUGGUAGAGCAUGGCGCUUGCAACGCCAGGGUUGUGGGUUCGUUUCCCACGGGGGACCAGUAUAUGAAAUAAAAUAAAAAUGUAUGCACUGACUAAAAUGUAAAUGUAAAUGUUGUGUAUCUCCAGCCCCUUGCACUGUGACCUUGAACAUGGAUGGCUCUGUGUGGAUCAUGCUGUCUCAGCCAAUCAGAGCACUCACACCAGGACAGGUAAGCUCUCUGUUGUUUCCCACACGUAGACAUGUAAGCUGCCUGUCUCACACUUUUCAGAGUUUGGGCAGUUGGUUUUGUUACUUUUUAGGGAUGUUUUUUUCUCAGAAGAAUUUAAACUAUGAGUAAAAUUUCUUUAGGCUAUUUUUAAAUCGAUUUAUUGUCAUUAGGUGAGCUUUUAGGAGUAAAGCCAACCCAUGUACCGUUACAGUGGUUUUAGUGAAUCUGUGUGAGCUGGUGCGUUAGUGUUAGUCCCAGUGUGUUAUUCCUUAAGAUCCUGAUUAACCAGCGAACAAAGGCCUAUCAUAGGCCCAACAAACGUAGCCAGCUGCUCCAGUGUGUCUCUUGUUUCCCUGACAGGGAUUACUCCAGACUCUAGUCAGGGUACAAAGAGCCUUGUCCACGCUUGGAUUACCCCCUUUCUUCAUGCGCUAUCCCAUAACCCACUGCUCUGAGAAAACAAUAUGGCCGAGACGCGUUUGUCUUGGAGCUCUGGGCUCGAGGCCAGAGUGAGGGUAGAUGAAUAGAGAAGCGAUAGAGAAUAGUGGUGUGUGUGUACGCUCAAAUGUGGAGGUUAGUUCAGAGGGACUAGGAGUCAAUAUUCAGCAUCAAUGUCUCCCACUAACAUCAAUUUUCUGUGCUCGUCUUAUCUACCUCGACAUUGAAUGAAUAGCCUUGCUUCAAAGCUUCCGUCAGUGUCUGCGCCUCGCUACCCUCCCUUCUAACUUCUCCUUAUUCACUUCUCUCAUCUCUCCCCAGUUUGCAGUGCUGUACAAGGGGGACGAGUGUCUUGGCAGUGGGAAGAUCGUCCGUCUGGGCCCCACAGAGCACACACUGCAACAGGGACGAGACCGCAUGAAGGAAGCCCCUGUGGCCAAGGAGAGGACUCCGGAACCAUCCAGCUGAGCCUGAGAGAGACUUCCUAGAAACAGACCUAGGCUCAGGCCUAUCCAUUAUCGAUAUGAACCUUACCUUCCAGACUUCAGUCACACUGCUGAUGGACAAGACUACUGUACUUCCACAAGCCUUAUCCCAUUCUCUGAACCGCUACUGUAGAGUAGAGCACACUGAUCAUGCUUUUGGACCUGUCCACUCGCCAAGAAACACACACUCAAACUUCCUCUGUACUGUUGCCCUCAGUUGAUACUUCUUCCUAUUAGGGUACUU